AUGGAUGAUCGCGCGCUAAAGCUAGCGGAAGCCUUCGUCUCGGCGCGGUACAUCGACGCGGGCCGCGAGUCGUUGCAGUCAACGGCCCGCAUCCUGCGCUCCAUCCUGGCGCAGCGCUGCUGCCCAGAUGACGGUCUCACUGAUGCUGCAAUCGAGCUCAUUCUUCGCCAGCUUUCCCUCAUGGACACGAACAACUUCGCGCACCACGUCGGUGGCGGCGAGCGCGAGGGCCGCGUCAUCUCUUCCCUUGUUCGCAUGCGACACUUUGGCCUCACGCACGGCAUCGGGCGCUCCGGCGACGUGCUCAGCGAGCAGCCGAAAGCGGCCGGAUCGUCGCUACUAUACAAGAUAACGAACGUGCUCAUGCUUGACCUGAUACGCCAAGCCGGUGCCCCCUCGACCGCGGCCGCUGUGGUGGUACCGAUGGCGACGGGCAUGACGCUGGCGCUGGUGCUUCGGUGUGUAGCGAAGGCGCACAUGAAAGAGCUGAUGGAGGAGGCAGAGGCGGUGCAGCUGCAACGCACUGUGACGACGGACUCAAGAAGCGCAACGUCAGCUGCCCAAGUGCAAGAGCCGCCAAUGAACGAGGCGGAUCGUGCGAGGCAUGACCGCACAUCGUUGCCAGUCCCGGCGACGCCGCGCUACGUCAUAUGGCCACGCAUUGAUCAGAAGACAGCACUCAAGUGUAUUGACGCGGCGGGGCUGGUGCCGGUGCCGGUACAGCUACGGCCAGCUGUGCCGCUCGCACGCUCUGCCGCCCCCUGCGUCAGCACCAACAGGAAUAACCUCGACCGUGACCAAGACAGCAUUGCUUCGCCGUCGACGCGAACGUCCUCGUCGUCGUUGUUCCUCGAGUGCCACGUGGACGACGUAGCCGCGGCCGUGAGCGCCGUUGGCGGCCCGUCGCAGGUGGUCUGUGUGCUCUCCACGACGAGCUGCUUCGCGCCACGCCUACCAGACAACACGGUUGCCCUUGCCCAGUACUGCAAGAAGGCCGGCAUUCCGUAUGUGGUGAACAACGCGUACGGGGUGCAGAGCCGCCGCAUUAUGACUCGCCUCGACGCGGCGCAGCGACUGGGGCGGGUGGACUUUGUGGUUCAGUCUGGCGACAAGAACUUUCUGGUCCCGGUUGGCGGCUCCAUCAUCUGCUCCAGCGACAAGGAGCGCUGCAAGGCCGUGGCAGCCCUCUACGCCGGUCGCGCGAGCAUGAGCCCCAUCGUCGACCUCUUCAUCACCGCCUUGAGCCUCGGCCGGCGCGGCAUGCAGGCCUUGUGGAGGGAUCGCUACAAGUGCCGUGCGCGUCUGAUCCGGCAGCUGCGCGUGUUUGCGCGCGAGCGAAGGGAAGUGCUGCUGGUCGACGACAGCGACGACGACAAGGACAAUGAGGAUACUGUAGGCGGGUCGCAAAAUACCUCCAAUGCUGCCGUGCCCCGCAAUGACAUCAGUGUCGCCGUCACCAUGCGAGCCUACGGCCUUCCUGCCGCUGAAGCAAGCAGCAGUGGUGCCCAACUUGGGUCGGAGCAGGCGGAGAAGGUGACGAACUGGGCAGCCGCCCGCGCUUUCGGCGCACAACUCUUCCGCAGCGCGGUCACCGGCCCCCGCGUCAUCACUCCAGCACCGUCCACCCCAACCACGAUUGCCGGCUGCAAAUUCAGGAAUUACGGCAUGCACCAAGACAGGGAGCCGCCGUGCCCGCUGCUGGUGAUCGCGUGCGGCAUCGGCAUGUCGGAGGCUGAAGUAGAUGCUCUGAUAGCGCGCCUUCGCGACCUGUGGCCUGCUCCCGCAUGA